GGGCGCUGAGAGAGAGAGACGGGGGUGAAGGAGAGGCAACGGUGUGACACAGACGAAGAAAGCAGGUUGAGAAAACAAAUGUCUAAAAAGAGGGACUGUGAGAAAAGAGUCAAACGAUAAGGAGAGAAAGAAAGCAGGAGUGAGGAGGGAAAAACAGCCCGACGGGGAGAAUGGAACGGUUAGGCUAGAGACUAGAGACCAGAGACCAGAGUCCAGAGACCAGAGACCAGAGUCCAGAGACCAGAGAGAAAAAGAAACUACGAGGGUGAAUCAGGGAAAACUCCAGUCCGGUCAUGGAAGCAGAGCUGGAAGAAGAGGACGGGAGUUUCACCAACAUCUCCCUCGCCGAUGACAGACCUACAAGGGACAGAGGAACUGCAGUCCUGCUCACCAGACAGGACAACGAGGACUUCACCAUGAACUGUCACAUGGAUGGAGACAUGGAGAACCAGGUUGAGAUGGAGGAGAAGACGAGGCUCAUCAACCAGGUGCUGGAGCUACAACACACACUGGAAGACCUGUCAGCACGUGUGGAUGCGGUCAAAGAGGAGAACCUGAAGUUGAAGUCGGAGAACCAGGUUCUAGGCCAGUACAUUGAGAACCUCAUGUCGGCCUCCAGCGUGUUCCAAACCACCGACAACAAGAGCAAACGGAAGUAACCCACGGCGACCAAGGGGAGUUGAGACCACCUACAAUAGCCUGGUAGCAGGUCUGUUUGUGCCGACACAAACAGGCAUGAUGGCACAGACAGACUGGCACUCAGGCUACCUGCAACAUCUCCUCUCCCAAAUGACAGCAGAGGAGGUAGAAGAUGUUUGUGACCACAGUUCUAGGGACAGAUAUGGGCGUGUUCCAAAUGGCAGAUUAUUUCCUAAGUAGUGCACUAUGUAGUGUACAGAAUGCCAUAAGCUCUGGUUAAAGUAGUGUACUAUGUAGUGUACAGAAUGCCAUAAGCUCUGGUUAAAAGUAGUGUACUAUGUAGGGAAUAGGAUGCCAUAAGCUCUGGUUAAAAGUAGUGUACUAUGUAGUGAAUAGGAUGCCAUGAGCUCUGAUUAAAAGUAGUGUACUAUGUAGGGAAUAGGAUGCCAUAAGCUCUGAUUAAAAGUUGUGUACUAUGUAGGGAAUAGGAUGCCAUGAGCUCUGAUUAAAAGUAGUGUACUAUGUAGGGAAUAGGAUGCCAUGAGCUCUGAUUAAAAGUAGUGUACUAUGUAGGGAAUAGGAUGCCAUAAGCUCUGGUGAGAAGUAGUGUACUAUGUAGAGUAGUCUGAUCCUAGAUCUGUGGUUAGGGGGCAACUUCUAAUUCCAGACCCCAAAAUCCUCCCUCCACUCCAACUACACCCCUAAGAGUCCAGUUUACAUUCUUGUUUGACCUCUUUUUACCCUCCUCCUAACAUAAACCCCCCCAACAUAAUUUAACUGUUUUUAUAAUUCAUCUAAUAAUACUGUUUUGCGUUGUCAUGUCAACGGCAUCUCUAAUGAGUUAUGACAUCAGACCUUUUUAUUUUGGUGACUGGUUGGACGUGGAAGGAAACUGGACUUGUUGGAUAUGAAUAUGGCCAAACUCCCUGGCCCCCAAAAUGAAUCAAACAUAUUGAAUGACAUGCCAAUGUAAUACAAUAAUAUAACGCAUCCCAUCGACUGUUCUCUCUCAUCUGAUUGGUCAAAAGGUUACUAAGUGUCUGUUUUUUUUAAAUGGUUGAUCAACACAAACAUUAUGAAAUAUGAUUCUGUAUGAGGUAAAAAAAAAUUAAGCGGUACUACUAAGAUACUCCGAUGUGUGUUGUCGUCCCUGGUAUGCUACUCAUUCCACCAGGAAUGGGAUUCCUAAUUCAUAUCGUCACCAUGGAGUGCUGUGUGGAGUCAGUAAGGGAAGGAAAAAGCACAGUGAACCUGUAUUCUGCUGUACAUAACAAACGAUGCCCUCUUGAAUGCAACCCUGGACUAGGGUCAAGUUACACUACAGGGUGAGGCGGCCUCCUUUACCUAUGAUGGGUGGAGCGAGGAUAGAGUGAGGGGAGUGAGGGGAGGGAGCGAGCGAGGGAGGGGAGGGAGGAUAGAGUGAGGGAGGACAGAAGAGAGCUCUGCUUUUUACACUUAAGAACCUUGAGUGGUAUUGAUUAGAACACUCAGGCUGUAGAACACUCCGGAAUGUUCCGUCAGAGCUGCUGAUAAGGAACGUUGUUAUUCCUGGUUAUAGUAAUGGACUGUGGAAGCAUGACUGUGCUGUCCUAGGCUGGUUAUAGUAAUGGACUGUGGAAGCAUGACUGUGCUGUCCUAGGCUGGUUAUAGUAAUGGCCUGUGGAAGCAUGACUGUGCUGUCCUAGGCUGGUUAUAGUAAUGGACUGUGGAAGCAUGACUGUGCUGUCCUAGGCUGGUUAUAGUAAUGGCCUGUGGAAGCAUGACUGUGCUGUCCUAGGCUGGUUAUAGUAAUGGCCUGUGGAAGCAUGACUGUGCUGUCCUAGGCUGGUUAUAGUAAUGGCCUGUGGAAGCAUGACUGUGCUGUCCUAGGCUGGUUAUAGUAAUGGACUGUGGAAGCAUGACUGUGCUGUCCUAGGCUGGUUAUAGUAGAGAGAAAUAAGGUACAGGUACUAGCAAGAGAUUCUAUGAGAGCCUUUAUCAGGGAUGUGAUCAGGACAACAUGAACAGUUGGGAUUUUGGCUAGGAGAUAGCUAGGUCCGUUUCAAUUCUAUUUGAAUAGAGGACAAAGUGGUCAGAAAGGCCUAAUUAAAAUCAGGAAGAAUCACAACACUCAAUUGUACGGAGAUCGGCGUUUUGAGCAAGAGGUUCUACCAGAGAAUCAUUCUGUGGUUCUAUUGGUUCCAGGUGCUAAAGGAAAAGAUUGGGGAAUAUUGAGAUGAUUCCACUGCACUUCAAUGCAUCACGUUAUUUAUUUCAAUUUAAAAUUGUAUUUUUAUUAUGUUAAAUGGUAUUAUAUUGUAUGUUCCACUGACUCUUGUUAGUCCAAAAAUGGCACCAUAUUCCCUAUAUAGUGCACUACUUUGGGCCUAUAGGGCCCUGGUCAAAAGUUGUCCACUCUCUAGGGAACAGAGUGCCAGUUUGGGACAUUAAACUUAGUUUUUCCUUCAGGCAUGUUGAUAACACACACAUCCUAUGGAACUAACUGCCUGCUGUGUAGAAGUUUAGAGAUUCUAUGACUAUGUUGCCUUUUAACACUUUUGUUUUAAUAAAAAAAAAUAAUACUUCUGA